AAUAAUACGCGAGAUGUGGGGCCGGCGUUAGGGAUGCGAAAGUCGAGUAGUUUAGAGAGUUUACAAACUUUAAUGCAAGACAUACAGAAAGAGCAGUUGGAAAAUGUGAAUCCAUUCACAACACCACGACAUUCAACAAUACGGGUCUCUCGAAGUCGCGAAACUAAUGAAAGUUUUAGAGCCGCUGUCGACAGGAGUUAUGACGCAAAUAAUGACAAUGAAAAUCAUGAGACUAUGGAAACGGUGGCUGAGGAGGACGACAGUGAUAGCGGCUCAUCGGUAGAAAAUGUGGCGCAUCGGCCACACAUACAUCACACACAAGCCAUACUCGUUAGACCGUCCGGUGCCCUAUCGAUGGCCAGCACUCAAUACACGGCCACAACUGCCACUUCGUCGCAGUUAACCACUGAAGACGAAGCGCAAGGAUUUCUCAAAAAGAAGAGUUCGGGUAAAAAGAAACGCGGAUUAAGGACUUGGUUUAAGUUCGGCUCAAAGAAAGGCCGUUCGUCCGAAUCGAAGCAAAAGGCGGCCGAACGGGAAGCGGCCGCCGCCGCCGGUCACCAACAAACACGUGACCCGACUAUCACUCAAAACGCACAGCAAAUGUAUCUCUUAGAACAGGAACGCAUUCAUAUGCAUUACAAGAGACUCAUGGAACAGCAGCAACAGCAACAGCUCCAACACCACCUUCAGCCACACUCAGCCCAUGUAUCGCAUUUAGCACAACCCACACCACCCGCUCGGCAGCGGUCAAAGUCUGCGAUUGGCGAACGUUUCGGUUCGACCGAUCGUCAGCCAAUGCACAGCACACCGACUGGUGUGACGGCCGGACAAUUGGCUAAUCACGAGCUCAAUAACGAAGCGAUAAUGUCUCGUAAUGAACGUAUGGCUCAUUUAAGGGCACAACACCAACGCAUGCAUCAGGAGAGACACCGGGUAUACCCUAAUGAGGCCCGCAUUUACGACACCUACAGCUCAAUGGAUCGCAAGCAUCAGUCGGAUUACAACAAUAGUCCCAACUAUUCCUCCACUCAAAUAUAUGUCUCGUAUCCCAUAAACCCUAACUAUACUCCCAGUCCUCGGCGUUUGGUUACCUCUCCUAAGCUCGACGCCAAGAGUACCGACACAUAUCGCAGGAGUAAGAAAGCCAAAGAAGAGAAGGAACGACAGCUCCGGGAACGACAACACUCUGAUACACCUCAACAACAACCAAACCAAUCGGUGAAUGGUAUGCAUCAGACACCACAACAACAACAACCAGUGAAUACCGAUCACAAAGUAGUAGUUCCGCACGAAUUAGGGAAGUGUCGAUCGCCCGGUUCGUGUCCGUACCAUACGGUCCGCACCACUGCUACUCAACUCAAUAAUAAUAAUAACAACAAUAAUACGCGAGAUGUGGGGCCGGCGUUAGGGAUGCGAAAGUCGAGUAGUUUAGAGAGUUUACAAACUUUAAUGCAAGACAUACAGAAAGAGCAGUUGGAAAAUGUGAAUCCAUUCACAACACCA